AUACUGCGAAGGGCCACGUACUGCGCGCUAUCAUCAUCAUCUCGCCAGGACACGAAUAAUGCUUUUAAUUUCCUCUUGAACAUUUGGUAGGCAAACCAUAAAAAAAUAAAAGUGAUGACGGUACUCGCGAAAUUCUUUUGAGGAAAGUGAAAAUUACCAGACGGAAGUUACGAGAAAAUUUGAGAAAGUUCCCUUCGUUCUUCUUUUUGUUUGCCGUUAUCGUCGUUUGAGAACGUUUAUUUGAUGAGCCUUAUAAGUUACUGUGUUUAAACAGUGAACAGACGUGAAGAAGUGAAUUGCAGAGCAACCUAUUCCACGCACAUACUCCAGGAAGUGCUGGCACAAUGAAGGGAAGACACUUGAGAAGACGUUUCAGUUUACAGCCAUCCUUCAUGAAGGAUGAUAGUUCGGAUGACAAGCCCAGGAGAGACAGAGUCAACCGCCAGGAUGGUGUAGCUGAUGAUUCAAUAGGCCCUACAAAUGCCCGACAUAAAAUAGUUGUGAUGGGUUCGGCGAAAGUAGGGAAGACAUCAAUUAUCACCCAAUUCCUCUAUAGUAGAUUUUCCCCGAAAUACAAAAGGACUGUAGAAGAAAUGCAUCAGGGAAAUUUUUCGAUAUCUGGAGUAAAUUUAACACUGGACAUUUUAGAUACAUCCGGAGCAUAUGAGUUUCCAGCAAUGCGGGCGCUCUCAAUACAAUCGGCUGAUGCAUUUAUCCUAGUUUACGAUGUCACGGACUCUAGCACCUUUGACGAGGUUCGGAUGAUUCGUGAUCAAAUUCACGAAGCAAAAGCAACAACUGCAGUGCCCAUCGUUGUUGUUGGCAAUAAAAUCGAUUUGCUGGAGGAGGACAGUGGCCUACGAGAGAUGGAUUAUGACACGACUGAAUCUGUAGUUCAACUGGAUUGGGAAAAUGGUUUCGUCGAAGCUUCAGCCAAAAAUAACGAAAACGUAACACAGAUUUUCAAGGAACUUCUUACACAAGCGAAGAUCACAUAUAAUCUUAGUCCAGCACUUAGACGACGGCGGCGACAAUCUUUACCUCCAAAUCAAAUGGGAAGCGGUGGUGGACCGAGUACACCAAGCAGUGCGCCACCAUCAUCGUCCCAUGUUCCAUCACCUGCGCAACUGCAACAUUUACAAAAGAUUCAAGAAAGGAGUCUGGGCGGCAAACGUAACUCUUGUGUUAUAUCUUAAUAGAAUUCAUGCUUAGAAGCAGUUGAGUAUUUUAGUUUGAAUAGAUCUUUUUAAUAACGGGAGUUCUGUUAAAACGGGUGCAGUAAAUAGUAGUUAGUUCUUUUGUUUUGCUUUUAUUGAAGGGAAAUGUUAAUUAUAAGAAAACGUUGGGUAUAAAACAUAAAGAAGCAUGAAAGGAUUCACUUUGAUAAACUUAAAUUAAGACAUGAAAGAAAGAAGCAACAGCAGUAAAGUAUUAUUAAGGUAAUGAUUAUAAUUAAUUAUAUCAAUAUUUAAUAAUUAAUACUGGUUGGCUAACUGUUUUGUCGAAGACUAAUUUCGCGUUUUUCUGGAUUGGAUUGUAUAAUUUAAUACAAUAAUUUUGUACCCCCAUAUAAUGAGAGAGAGAAUGGUUCAACCAUUCUUUUUCGUUUCCACAAGUAAAACUAUUAAAAGGGAAA